UGACAGAGCCACCCCCCUUCCCCCGCAGUAGCAGGGCCCACAGCUCAGUGGGACAGCACUAACAUUGACACAAGCCCGGUGUGCUACCACUUCCGCCGCUCCACUUGUCCACAUCACCGCAGCAACUCCGUCACGUCGUGUCAGGGCUGGCAGAGGAUAAAGUAUCUCGCAUACAAGAUGUCCAAGCAGCCGUCGUCCAACGUGAAGGCUCUUCAGGCUAAUCUCAACAUCCCCAUGGGAGCGCUGCGACCUGGAGCAGGACACCCAAUCAAGAGGAGAGAGGAGUCUGAAGACCUGGAGGAGGUGACACCUGUGGCCAGUGAGGAGAAGAAGCAUCUUCCUGGAGCUUUCAAGCUGCCUGGACCAGCAGUGAACCUGUCUGAGAUCCAGAAUGUCAAGAGCGAGUUGAGAUGGGUGACUAAGGAGUAGGCGAAGGAAGAGGCCAGUAAACCAGCCAUCAAACCCACAGAUUCACCCAGAAAUGUUUGUGCUUGUAGGAAACUCAGCAGCAUCAAUGUCAAACUAGGAAACAUAUAUCUAAAUGAGGGACUGACAGGUCACAGCUUCACCUUCCCCCACAGAGACUGAAAGACAGGCCCAGCCACAUGCCUUAGGGGCCAGCUGGGACGGCGACCCGGCGUUGGGGCACUUAGAGGUGGCGCCCCCUGGCUCCCUGCACUCCUCUCACCUUGGCGUGCACUGAGCUCUCUCUCGUCAUUGUGUUGUUUCUCUCUGGGGGUGGCGGGGGGGUCGGCCAGUAGCGGGCCAGUUCCAGAAGUAUCUGCAAUAGACUGCAAUGUUGACCACUUUCAAUGUGGGAUCCCAGCAAGGAGGGGCCAGUGUGGGCCCUGGCUGCCCCACUUUCUGUCACUAGCUCUUCUCUCUGCCCCACCUCCUGUCCCUAGCUCUCCUCUCCAUCCCACUUCCUCUCGCUUGCGCUCCUCAAUAUCACUGGCUCUUCUCCUCCUAUUUCUGCUUUUCCUGCCCUGGUGUACCUGGAUCCGCAGGAGUGAGUAUGAUUUGUCAGAAGCACGUGGGACGUCGUUGCACUGCCUUAUGGGUCAUAUCCCUGCACAGGAAGUGUAGAGUGAGCAGUGGCCGUGGUGUCAGGCUGAGCCUGUCCUCUCCAGCUGCAUUCGGUACUCAGAGUCACACCGUCUCUGCUGUUCCUGCUCCGUGCUCCAGUACAGUUGGCUCCUGCUCACCUGCCGCCCCCGAUCUCCCAGCAUCCCCUGCCCCUCAACUGCUGCCCCGCCCACAUGAUCAGAGGCCUGUAGUUCUAUUUGUUUCUUUUGACUGUAUGAAUAAAGCACAGUGAACACAUUG